AUGGCCGGUGAGGACGUGGAGUCCCAGCACUACCACUAUCGGACAAAAGCUGAAGUUCCACAGGAUAUCCAAAACUACUGGGCUCAGAGAUAUAAGAUAUUCUCCAAGUACGAUGACGGCGUCUGGCUGACAGAUGAUGCGUGGUUCGGGGUCACGCCUGAACCAGUAGCCAACAAAAUAGCGCUUCAUAUGGCACAGGCAGCUCCAGAGACGAAGUGUAUCCUGAUAGAUACGUUUGCCGGAGCGGGUGGAAACACCAUUGCAUUCGCAAAGUCCAACAGGUGGAAGCGUGUCUAUGCAAUUGAAAAGGACCCUGAGACGCUGAGAUGCGCAAAGCACAAUGCUGAGUUGUACGGGGUCGGAGAUAAGAUCACUUGGUUCCUGGGAGACUGCUUUGAGAUUCUUCAGAAUCAGUUGAAGGAUCUUGCUCCGUACAGCGUCAUCUUCGGCAGUCCGCCAUGGGGUGGCCCGGGGUAUCGGUCAGACGCAAUAUUCAAUCUCUCAACCAUGGAGCCGUAUUCCCUAGAGAUUCUACAUACUGAAUUUUCCAAGUUCACUCAGGACGUGGUGCUGUUCCUCCCACGCACCUCAGAUCUAAGACAACUGGCUGCUACAGUCAGGCCUGACAGAAAAUCACUUGUCAUGCAUUACUGCUCAGAGGGCGCCAGUAAGGCUUUGUGUGUGUAUAACGGUGACUUUAAGCCUAUUGAUCAAUGA